AUGCUUAAAUUGCACAAAAGGGAAGAACUCAAAGAGGUUCUCUCAAGGAGAUCCUCCCUACACCAUGAACUCUCGAAGCUUUAGAGGAGUGCCCUAAUGCAAUUGAAUAAUCACACAACCCAAGAACUCUAAUCUAACCAAAAAGCCCCUGGAGGAAGUCCUGCCCACAUUAGAAUCAACCUCCAACAAUUCGCUCUUCCCAAAAUUCAACACACCACCAAAGUCAUUACCAACAAAUACAUCGGAGAGUACAAUAAUAUGUUAGGCAUAAUUACAAGCAAACACUAAAUUCCUUCAAGAGAUUGCACCUAAAGAAGUGCUUCUUAGUAUCAUAAUCCUGAACAAUUUAUUGAAAACUAGAAUUAUGUCAUCAAUUAAUUUAUUCGUCCUCGAAAAUUGGGAAGCUUUCGAUGA